CUCCAGAACAAAGUCCCCGGUACAGAAGAGCAGGGGCCCAGAGCCCAGCGCCCCGCGCUCCCACAGGAAGCAAGAGAGAGCUUACCAAUAUGGCUGUGAUAGCUGUCACUUUUAAGCUGUGAUGGGCGUCUCGGGGCCUGACCGAGCUGAUGGUCAGAAGAGGAUUCCCCUCUUGCUCUGAACCAAUUCAACCUUCUCAUGACUCUUUCUAAGGAAAUGAGAAAUACCAAGUUUGUACCUUCGUAUAUCAUGCCUCCGUGAACUGCUGCCCAGCCAUGCCACCCUGCCUUGGGGCCAACUGAGUAUGGACUGAAACCUCCAAAAACUGUAAGAAAGUUUUCUUUCCCAACUUUGGGCUUCAGGUAUUUUGUCUCAGCAACAAGUAAAAGGUAACUAAGACAAUCAGCAGUAAAAAUUUGAACAAAAUAUAUUAAAAUUAACAUUUUAUUUAAUGAAUAUUGAUUUGAGAAAAGAGUUUGCUAUGGUAGGGGAAAAUAUGAGAGCUCUUGGGAUUAAAAUUUGAGCUGCUGGUUCUUUUUAGAGAAAGGGAAAAACGUUUAGUCACUCCUUACUACCAGAGAACUCUAUCUGCAGUUAUAUCUUUAUGAAUAUAUCCAUGAUUACUGUCUUGUGAUAAUGUUCCACAACAAAAUUGCUGGUUCCCAGAAGGCACAAUAAGUUAUUAGUAAAUUAACUGGAAAUGUGUCUCUACAUCAAUGAAAAAACACUCUUCCUUGUUCUGUGAGUAAUCAUAAUGUAGCCAUUACACGGCUACGUUCGCGUAGCCGUGUAAUGGCUACAAUAAUACACAUAUAAUAAGCACAAGAGGAGAAAACAUUUGUUGAUCAGUACCUUCUGAAAUGGUGCUUACUGAUGUUUCUGUAAGGCUCAAACAACUCUCUCCUUCACAGUGAUCCUUAUCCACUUGAUUUCUGAUGGUCAUUGUUUCAGGAAUGUGGAAGCCACAAAUGAGUCUAGACUGCAAAAACUUAAUUCUGAUCACCAAAUUUUGCUUUUUCAGGCAUCUGCCCUUUUGGAAGAGUACAAAAAAUGAAGUCCCAGAGGUUGGUGUCAUUCAAGGAUGUGGCUGUGGAUUUUACCCAGGAAGAGUGGCAGCAAUUUUACCCUGUUCAGAGGACCUUGUACAGAGAUGUGAUGCUAGAGAUAUAUAGUCACAUGGUCUCAAUGGGGUAUCCUGUUUCCAAACCAGAUGUCAUCUCCAAAUUGGAACAAGGAGAAGAUCCAUGGAUCAUAGAGACAGAUAUGCCAAACUGGAUCUACCCAGGAAAGAAAAAUAAUCUUCAUAACUCACAAUCAUGUAUUUUGGGAACUGUUUCAUUCCAUAAUAAGAUAUUGAAAGGAGUGGCACCCAUUAUAAAAAUCUACCAUAAUGAUGGACAGCUGCAGACAUUUCAGGAAAAUCAAGACAAACUUUUCAAGCCAUUUACAUUUACCAGUAGCAAAGCAGUGUUUGAUGCUCCAGUGGUGCAAGUGGUUAGCGUGUGGUACUUAUACAGCAAAGGAGUGUUUGAAGCAUCAAGUCAUAAAUAUAAUGCAUUGGAAAAAAUAUUUCAAGAGUACAUAAAGCCAGGUAUGCUAAAAGAAAGACUUCAUAAAUAUGAUUCAUUUAAAAAGAAUAUAAAACCAAGCACUGACCUACCUAGUUACACUGCAAAUAAUUCAAGGAAAAACUUAGAUGAGAAUUUUGGUGAUGCAAAAACAUCUAGCCACAAUGUAUCUAAUUCUAAUCUUGAGACAUUACACAAUGGAAUAAUAACCUAUAAUGAUAAUCUAUGUGAAAACAUUUUCAUCAAUAAACAAUCCCAUAUUCAAUAUAAGAAUAUUGAAACUAAGGAGAAAACCUGUGUCUGUAUAACAUGUGGAAAAGCUUUUGCUAAGAAGUCACAGCUCAUUGUACAUCAAAGAAUUCAUACUGGAAAGAAAUCACAUGAUUGUGGCACGUGUGGAAAAGCCUUCAGUGAGAAGUUUCACCUCAUCAUACAUCAAAGACCUCAUACUGGGGAAAAACCAUAUGAUUGUUCUGAAUGUGGAAAAGCAUUCUCUCAGAAAUCAUCUCUCAUUAUACAUCAGCGAGUUCACAUUGGAGAAAAACCAUAUGAAUGUAAUGAAUGUGGAAAGGCCUUCUCUCAGAAAUCACCCCUCAAUAUACAUCAGAGAAUUCACACUGGAGAGAAGCCUUAUGAAUGCAGAGAAUGUGGGAAGGCCUUCUCCCAGAAAUCACAACUCAUUAUACAUCAUAGAUCUCACACUGGAGAGAAGCCAUACCAGUGUACUGAAUGUGGAAAGGCCUUUUGUGAAAAGUCCCACCUGAUUAUACAUAAAAGAAUUCACACUGGUGAAAAACCCUAUAAAUGUGUUCAUGAGGAAGCCUUCAGCAGGAAGACAGAACUCAUUACACAUCAGUUAAUUCAUACUGGGGAGAAACCCUACGGAUGUGCUGAUUGUGGGAAAUCGUUCUCCCAUAAGUCACAGUUCAUCAUACAUCGAAGAACACACACUGGAGAGAAGCCUUAUAAAUGUAGUGAAUGUGGCAAAGCCUUCUGUCAGAAAUCACAUCUAAUUGGGCAUCAGAGAAUUCACACUGGAGAAAAACCAUAUGUAUGUACUGAAUGUGGGAAAGCCUUCUCUCAGAAGUCUCAUCUCCCAGGACAUCAGCAAAUUCAUACAGGAGAAAAACCUUAUAUAUGUGCUCAGGGUGGAAAAGCUUUUUCCCAGAAGUCAGACUUGGUUUUACAUCAGAGAAUUCACACAGGGGAAACCUAUCAAUGUGCUACAUGUGGGAAAGCCUUCGUUCAAAAGUCACAACUCACUGUGCACCAGAGAAUUCAUACAGUGAUUAAAUCAUAAUGAACUAACUACAGGAAAGCCUUCAGUAUUGGAUCAGGCCUUAAUAAUUACUAGAAACAUAUUAAUUUGAUAAAUAUGAGUAUGAAAUCUUUAAAGAUAAAUUUGUACAGGGGAAUUAAUUUUUCUAGGAUGAUGAUAACUGAUGUUUUCAGCUAAAAUGAUCAAAAAUAAUUGUAUAAGUGGACUUUUUUGAGACAGGGUCUCACUAUGCAGUUCUGACAGGCCGUGAACUCACUUUGUAGUCCAUUCUGGCCUCAGAUUUGCUGUGAUCCUUCAGCCUGAGCCUCAAAAGUGCUGGUGUUGCAGGAAUGUGCCACCAUGCCCAAAUAAGUGGACUUUUUUGAUACAAACAUGUAAAAGUUUUAAAGUUUCAAACUCAUUAAUCUGUGGAAUAAAACAUGUAUACAGAA